AUGGCCGGCCGCAAUUCGGGGAGCCCGGAGAGCACGUCCGACAUGAACCCAGGAAAUCAUGCAAAGCAACAUGUUGAUAAGUCGAAGGACGUCGUACGAGAGGAUGCACGUGGGGCGAAUCCAACCUCUAUGAAGCCGUCUCCUCUGCGAGCACCAUGUUGUGAUAGCGAGACGACUUCGGAAGCUGGACCUAGUAGAUCCAGUCUGAGCUGGAACGCUGGUAGUAAGGCCAAGGCAUGUGAAUAUCGGAGUUACACACGACCCAAAUUUAGGGGAACGGAUAUGUAUGUCGACGAAAUCUUCCUCGACGACUACAAGGACGAGAUUGACGAUCCCGAGCUUUACCGCAACAUAGCACUGCUUCUACCACCAGCGCAACGUGUUGAGCCGGGACACUCUUUGAAAGCGUGUCCAAGGCCGCUUUGGGGUCUUUCAACGUCGCCGCACGAAUUCUUCAAGACGAGACACGACGAAGCCGGAUCAUCAUGCUUGACAGAGGUGCAUCCGCGCGUCCAAGCGACCGUGGAACGCUUCCACGAGCUCAAGCGUCAAGGUAUCCACUACAACCAAGAACUCAUCAAGAAUCGGUCGUUCAACAAUCCACACGUCUACUCACAGCUCGUCGACCUGCUAGCCAUCGACGAGACCCGGUCCAAUCUUCCCUGCAUUGACACCGGACGCGUCCAGGGAAGCUGGAGAUUAACAUUUCCGCUAAACCCCGAACAGCUCGUCCAAGGCGAUCCGAUAGCCAUCGAACAACGCCAGAAGAAGCAGGCGGACACCGAGAGCCACACAAAGCUGCGCACACCACGUAAUCGAACCAUCCACUUUGGCCGCGGUCGAGUUCACGACGAAUCCGAACCCGAACCCGAACCUGAACCCGAACUCGAUAGACCACCAAAACGCCGAUCGUCCGGCGAAAACCAGAUGCGAGGCGCGAACACAAGCAUACCCAAGCGUCGUGCUCAUUGA